CGCUGGGAGUGUUUCCGGAAAUAUUUUACCAAGUCUUAGCUUUAUUGUUUCUAUGCUAGUUAAGUACGAAGCUAAGUGUGUCCGAGUAAAAGGGUUGUCUUUUCAUCCUUCUCGUUCCUGGUUGCUCACUUCCUUGAGUAGCGGAAGUAUUCAACUUUGGGACUACCAAAAACAAGUCCUUAUUGAGAAGUACGAAGAACACGAAGGGCCCGUGCGGUGCGUGCAGUUCCAUAUGAACCAACCACUGUUUGUUUCUGGCGGGGACGAUAUGAAGAUUAAAGUGUGGAAUUACAAGCAAAAGCGCUGCAUUUUUACUUUAUUGGACCAUCAGGACUAUAUCCGCACGUGCUUUUUCCAUCAUGAAAGCCCUUGGAUCCUCAGCGCGUCUGACGAUGGAACGGUGCGCAUAUGGAACUGGCAGGCGCGCUCAUGUAUCUCCGUCCUGUCCGGCCACACGCAUUAUGUCAUGUGCGCACAAUUCCAUCCCUCCUCUGAUUUGAUUGCCUCAGGCUCAUUGGACAACACUAUCCGUGUCUGGGAUAUGACUGCAUUAAUUCGAAAAAGUGUUCUACCCUCGGGUCGCAUGGAGCUCGGAAGGCGGCCCAAGCCCGAACUUUUUAGCUCCAGGGAUCCCACUAUAAAGUUUAUUCUUGAAGGGCACGAGAGAGGAGUUAAUUGGGUCGCUUUUCAUUUAAGUCAGCCGUUAAUAGCAUCAGCAUCGGACGACCGCACUGUGAGGCUUUGGCGUUACGAUGACUAUAGAGCCAUCGAACUGGGUGUCUAUCGGGGCCAUUUUAACAAUGUGUCAUGCGUUGUUUUUCACCCAAUUAGAGACUUAAUUAUUAGCAAUUCAGAGGACAAGCACAUUCGAGUUUGGGAUCUCCCGAGUCGCGUGUGCGUAAAGUUGUACAGAACUGAAAACGACAGGUUCUGGAUUCUUUCCGUCCACAAAGGCAGCAAUUUAUUGGCUGCGGGUCACGAGUCUGGAAUGCUGGUGUUCAAGUUGCAGCGCGAACGCACGCCUUUUUCCGUCCAUCAGAACAAUAUUUAUUACGUUAAUGAUAGAGUGUUGAGAGUUUUUAAUAUCGAAGAAACGAAAGACACACCAAUCAUGUCACUGAAGCGGCCUGCGGGCGUCACUUUCGACUCCGUCCUUGAUAUUCACUACAAUCCUGCAGAAAAUGCGCUUCUAUUGACCUCCCGCAUAGAGGAUGGAAGUUAUGAACUCUAUACACUCCCAAAGAAGAGUGAACCCACUUCUGCUUAUCGGGCGUUGGGCCGUUCAGCAGUUUGGGUGGCCAGAAACAAGUUUGCGGUACUAACGGAAAACAAAACUAUUCUUAUAGUGGACUUAAAAAAUGAAAUCACCAAAAAAAUUGACGUUUCUGUUAUGGCCAUAACCUCGUUGUCUUAUGCAGGGAUUGGAACUCUGCUAUUGAUAACUGAUAAUGAAGUUUUUCUUUUUGACGUACAACAAAAACAAACUUUGGCUGAAUGUUCGCUAUCGGGCGUACGCCGUGUGGUCUGGUCGUCCGACUCUUCCCACGUGGCAAUGCUGACCAAGUUUUCAAUUGUCAUAAGCUCUAAAAAGUUGGAACAACUGUGCACUGUGCAGGAAACAACUCGUGUGAAAAGUGCCACGUGGGACUCGGCGGGUGUUUUACUCUAUACGACUGCCUGCCAUAUUAAGUAUCUUCUUCUCAACGGAGAUUCAGGAAUUAUUAGGACUCUGGACAUCCCCAUUUACAUUACUGCUGUCCGCGAUGAUAAAGUUUAUUGCUUUGAUAAUGAGAGCCGUCCACGUGUCCUAGAGAUCGACCCUUCCGAGUACAAAUUUAAGUUUGCUCUGGUCACUAAAAAUUAUGACGAGGUUCUUUAUAUGGUGAGAACAAGCAAUUUAAUUGGUCAAUCAAUUAUAUUUUAUCUGCAACAGAAAGGAUACCCCGAACUCGCUCUACACUUUGUGAAGGACGAAAAGGCAAAGUUUCCAUUGGCUCUUCAAUGCAAUAAUUUACAAGUGGCACUUAAUUGCGCUAAAAAACUAAACGACCCCAACUGUUGGGAACUUCUUGCCGAGUGUGCUUUAAAACAGGGCAAUUGCAGCAUUGUUGAACUGGCCUAUCAACAAACUAAGAAUUUUGAGCGUUUACUUUUGUUUUAUAUUUUCACUGGAAAUAUUGCAAAGUUGCCCCAACUAAAAAAACAGGCGACCUACACUCGCGGGGCCUCAUUUUUGUAUACUCUCAACUUAUUUUUAGGUGACUAUAAAGGAUGUGUUCAGGUCCUUGAAGAGAACAAUCAGCAUGCUCUUGCGUACUUAAUGGCGACCACUUAUGGUCUCGAGGACGACUCUGACAGAAUUAAGCAAAGAUUAUUGGUCCCUCCGGGCUUUGAAUGUCCUUCCGAUGCGCAAUUACUUCUCCCGCCAACGCCCGCCAAUCCCUCGUCCUCUCAAGAGGAUUGGCCACUUUUGUCAAAAACAAAAACUAUCUUUGACAUGAUUGAUCCAAACGAUAGCAAAAUUACACUGAAUUCUGAUAAAAAUACUAUUUUUGCUGAAGAGGAGAUUGGCAUCGGUUGGGGUGAAAAAGAUCUCGAGCUUGACACUAAAAAACCUUCUGACCAUGAUGUUAAUAUUGACGCUACAGACAACGAAGAAUAUAAGGGAUGGGACGUCGCUGACGAUAUCGACGUACCGGGUGAUCUGGAUAUCGGAAUUGAUAUUAUGCUGGCGGAUAAGACCUUCAUCCUCCCGGCAACCGGGCCCACUUCCUUUGAACUUUGGAGCCAAAACAGCGUGCUUCCUGCUGAAUUUGUGGCCGCUGGAAAUUUUGAGACGGCCAUGCAGCUUCUAAACACUACUAUCGGAGUGGUCAACUUUAAACCACUGCGGGAGCACUUCCUUCAAACGCUUUUGAGCUGUCACACUUCCCACGUGGGUAUCCCCGAGCUCCCCUCAAUGCUUACGCCAAUCCACUACGUUGUGGGAGCCACUCGUAAAGAGGGACGCCCAUAUGUCCCCAACCGCUUCCCGUUAUUGGUUGAAAACCUAAAUGAGGGCUACCGGUUGACCACCAAGGGCGACUUUUCCGCCGCUUUGGCGACCUUUAAAACCACUAUACAUUCUCUUCCUCUGCUUAUUGUGGAUAGUAAAGCUGAAGAGAAUGAAGUGCUAAAGAUGCUUGCCGAUUGCCGCGAGUAUAUUCUUGGUUUGCAAAUGGAAAUGGAAAGGCAGAGUAUUGCUGAAGAUCCUUCGCAAGCAGCGAGAGCCUGUGAGCUCACCGCUUAUUUUACUAACUGCAAUCUCCAACCGGGCCACUCCCUUCUUACUCUCCGAGUCGCAGCCACACGAUUUUACCGGUUGAAAAACUAUAAAUCAGCAUUCUCAUUUGCUAAAAGAAUGCUUGAAUUUGGCCCGCCUCCAGAACAAGCCCAGCAAGCCCGCAAAAUAAUGGCGGCCUGCCAAAAAAAUCUUGUUGACGAUAUUCCCGUCAACUAUAAUGAAUUCAAUCCUUUUACUAUUUGCGCAUCGACAUUCACCCCUAUUUAUAAAGGGAGUCCGUCUAUAGCAUGUCCCUACUGCUCUGCCACGUAUUUACCAGAAUGCGAAGGCCAAAAUUGCAACAUCUGCGAACUUUCUUCCGUCGGAAAAAAAUGUUCGGGGCUAUGCAUUCUCUCUCAAGAUCACAUGUUCUAACGGGCUUAUUUUAUAAAAAUACAUCUGAAAAUUUAUAAUUAAA